AACCCGUCGUGUACGCCGCGGUCCAUCCUCUCCCACCGACGACCGAUCGUCCAACCUCGUUGUGUCAUCAUCGCGGCGGCGCGACCGUUAGAAAGUCCGCAAAAGCCGUGGACGACGUCUCGCGUUUUCCGUUUAGAUUUUUUUUUUAAUUUUUGUUGUUCCCAGACCCGACGUCGACGUCGUUUCGGUAAUUAUUUCCUUCUCGAUAUUAUCGCGAGAUCCUCGCUCGAUACUAUCUGUCGACUCAGACACACGAACGUCGUCGUGUAGCCAUGGCACCGUCAUUGCGUCUCGUCAGCUACCUGGUGCCCAGCCAACCGGUUGAACUGUACGAGUGCGUGGCCCACUAUCUGGAAGAAGAGCUGAGUAUCAGGGUCACGUUGCAUUACGAGUCCAGAGAUCCCAUACAGCUGUUUAAAAGCCGUCCGGAUCCGUUCACCUCCGACGAAGCCGAUAUAGGUACGUGUGCUAUCGAGAGCCCGGCAAUACAACGUUAACCGCAAAAAUUUGAAUUCGAUAAAAAAAAAAUAGUGAAAAUAGGGAGCAGGUACUUUUACUAUAAUUUUUCGAACAAUAUUAAUCGAUUUCGAAAACGGGAGGCGUUUCGAGACGAUUAUACUCUCGAUUUCCGCCCUCCGGACACCGCAUUCCGCUGCAGUACGAUUAAUAUUUUUUAUUUUCGCAUUUUCGCACAAACAUAAUAUCGUCGAAACAUUCGGAGUUUUUAUCAUAUUUUAGUUCCCUUUGGAAAAUAUCAAAAAAAAUCGAAAACAAUAUAAUUAUCUGUAUAUGAAUCGAAUCAAUUUUACAAAGACGUCGAUAUAAUUAUUCACGUAUCGUAUCGUACACGUUCUUUCUCCCCCCCCUCUCACUCUCUCACUCUUUAGAACUAAGUGAUAAGAGUGAUGAACAUUAAUAUACGUCAUAAUAUUAAUAUUGUGUAACAGUUUAUCAUCACGUGUUCCGUAUACCUGCGUGCGCCUACGGAGUGUGCGAAUAAAAAACAACUCUCGACGUUACUAUUGUAAUAUUGAUAACGACAUUGAACUUUAUAACUCGCGAUCUUUGUUACAAUAUUAUACCAAUGAUUUAUAAGCGAGUUGCGGGUGAAAAAAAAACUUUCAAACAAGUUUAAUUCGAUUUCGAUACAAUACAAUUAAGCGCAGGUCGUGAAAUAUGUUACCGUAAUAAUAAUUUUAUUUAGGCAUUUAUAAAACAAUUUUUAACGUGGUGAUUUUUGAUCGCAUUAUAACAUUCAUAAAAGCUUUUGUGUUUUGCAUUCGCCUAUAGACAAUAAACAUAAUAUGGUAAUAGUGACGAAAUUUUUACACGUGCCCGAAAUAAUAAUGUUAUAUAAAACCGUUAUCAAUCGUUUAGGUAUGUGUGCCUAACGCACAGUAUAUUAUACAGAGCGAUUGUUUUGUUUGUGCAAAGAUUUUGAGAACAUAUGUUUCUCCCCCUCCUUCUCCACCCGAGAUAUUAUAAUAUAGAAUCGUUUAGAUCUUAUAUUCAAUUAUGCUUUCAAAAUGUUACCCUUGUUCCGUAUAUAAUACCGUAGACGGGCCAUAUCAACCGAGUAUAUAGGUACUUAUCGAUUUUCGAACAACAACCAAGCCGUACAUUUUUCAAUUUCCAUUCGAAAAGACAAUAUUUCUCUAAAAAUUACACGUGUCUUAAAGUGUCGGAUAUACGGCCGCCGUUUAUCAAUUGUCACAUAGCAGUUUAAAAACUUAAACCGGACUAGAAUGUACGUGGCAAGGGUAAUGGAUUUCAUAUCCGUGUUAGAGAGACCGUCACAGUAAAAGUGAAACGUCGAAAUUCACAGCGCCGCUUGAAGCAGCACAUGACGGGACAAAAUUUACAUUUUACGGCGUCAAAACGUGUUUACAACAAACGAAAAGCCAUUAACAAGUUGUUUCAGGGUAAAGACACCGAUUAUAAGAUCUAUAGAAAAUCAUAUUUCGACGGGAACCUCAUAAGGGUUUCGGAAUAUUCUAAAUGUACAGCUUCUUAUAAAAGGCACAUAAACAUUUACCUUUUUCUUUUUACAUUUUUUUUUUUUUUUUAAUAACUGUAACUUUUUUAAUAUUUCAAAAAACACAUUUGAGAUAUCCUCCGAAAAUAAUGUCUUUUAUAAAUUUGUUAAUCGGUGUUAUAUCUCUUAAGACACUCUUUUCAAGCCUCUCUGAGAGGUUUUAUUUAUGUUUUACGUAAACAUGUUUUAGCGAUCGAUUUUUUUUAUUUUACCGUGAUGACCUCUCAAGAUAAUAAUAGAUUAAUAGCCUUAAUAUGUUCUACGCCUACGCCCAACGUGAGGUAACUCAUAAAUCGAUAAAAAAUUAUAUUUUAAUUCCAAAAAUACAAAAAAAUAACCGGAAUCAUUAACCUUUUAGGGGUUGAUGUUUGUAAAAAAAAAAAAAAAAAAAGUAGUCAAUGUUUUUUUAUAGGGUUUGUGUUAUAUCCAUACCGUCAAAUUUCGUCAAAAUCUACUCAGCCGUAGGGCCGUGAAAACGCAACAGACAUAGUUACUUUCACAUUCACAGAUUGGUAAGGGGAUAUAGGACCGUUCAACAAAUCCUAUAAUGUACAUUAUAAUGACCGAUAACGAAAAUUCGACUUAAAAAUCUUCGACAACUUCGUAUAGAAAAUAUACGUGAUCAAUGGUCCGUGGCAACAACAAUUUAAACGAUCACUCUGUGUAACAUAUUGAAUCGGCAAGUUUCACUGGGUCAAUUUUGACACAACCCAUAGUUGGUUUCGAUAAAUUCGUUUGUCGUACAGUAUUAUAAAUUCUUAAACCGUUCACAAUUAUUUACAAUACGAUAAUAAUGUACGGACUUCAAAUAAUAUUAGUUCCGUGUUUAGCUAAGCGAUUAAAUAGGUAAUCCUCGCAUUAGCAUACACAACUAUAAUAAUGAUUAAAUAUUCCUAUGAUAUGCAAAAUUGUAAAAUGUAUAAUAGUACAUAAUAGUCAAUAGAUGUAUACGUUUGUGUAUGUUUAUAAAGUGCUGCAAGUCAUCUGUUUAUCGCAAACAAAACGUUUGCACUAUCAAUCAUGGCGAGUAAAUACCGCCGUGAUGAUGGUUGUGAAAAUAUCAAAUAUUCAAUAAGCUUAAAAUAUUAUGAUCUCAUCGAAUGACAAUAAUAGAGUGAUUAUUAUUAUUUUUUUAAUUUUUAGCCAUAAUCCGGAGUAUAUUUUGGGUAAAUUUAGUUUCAGGUUGUAAUCGUUUGUAUAUACGGCUUAAUGGGGUAAAAUAUUUUGAAAUUAUUGUAAACACGAUCGUGUAUUGAAUGAUUAUUAAUAGGGCUAUGAAUUUAAUGCACUAAAAACUCUUAAAAUAUGCACUUUAAAUUAUUUUUAAAUUAAUUUGUAUACUUAUAUUGGUAUUAGUGUAUUAUAUGCAUACAAAUUUAUUUAUUUAAUAACGUAAAAAAAUGCAAAAUAAAAGUUUUAUAAAUGGAUUUGUUGUUAGAUAAUAUAAAUUAUGUAUUGACAAAGUUACAUUUCUCAAUCGCCAAAAAAAAAUCCACUUUCCUACAAAUUCACAGCUCUAAUUAUUACUAUGUAUUUAUAUUAUGACAGAAAAUAAUCAAAAUCAAUGAAUAAUCGUGAAUAUCCGUAUAGUUAAUAAUUGCCUGAUUAUGAUAAAAAAAAAAAAAUCAAUCAUCCGUAUUCGUUCAAAAUAUUUACAAAUUUUUCAAUAUUGUUCGCUCAACAAGCCCAUAAUUCAACCCGUAUUCUCUACGCCGCGCUUAUUAAAAUACGUCGCUAAUUUCGAAAUCGUUAUCGUGUUUAAUCGUAUAGCGUGUGAAACAGACCAAUUAAAAAUAACACGACUUAUGUAGCCGUUUUUUCCGCCGUUUAUUAACCAAUCUGGGUAGUACGCGCAAAAUUAUAAAAUCGAUAAGGACAAAAAAAAAAAAAAAACCAAAAACAAACGCUUAUCGAAUAGGUACGUAUAUUUACAGGCCGUCUGAGUUCGGGUCGAAUCGAAACGUAACCUAGUUAGUUUUAGUACUUUUACCAAACACAAUCUAUUUAUUGUCGGUCCGAACUUAAUGGAGUUUCAAGGGAAAAUUAGUGUCCUCGGUGUACUUAGUCGAUGAGGCGCUACCGCGUGGGUUUAGAUAAAGCAGAAGUAAAAUGGACGCACUUAACCCAGCUACCUGUUGACCCGAAUCCGACAACGCUCCAAUUAAGAAAGUCAAUAGUCAGUGUCCCAAAUAAUGUAAACCCAGUCGAUGAAAAACUCGGGUCGGGUCAACAAAUAUACGCGUACAGGUCCGAGUUUCGUCGGAAAUGUUUAUACAGGUACUGCAGAAGAUAAUAUAAUUCCGCCAGUAUAAAUUCCGUCAGCACAGAUAUGUACCAGGUGAUUCAUUUAAGUGGGUACACUCAUUAUCGCGAAAAGUGUUAACUAUUUCCGGAAUUUGUUUUCUAGAACAUUUAAGAAGCAAGCUGCUCCACAAUUUUAUAUUUGCGUUAUUUUUUAUCACCCUUAUUUUCGGGGGUAAAACAGCUACUUACUUUUGAUUUUUAAACGACAACCUAUAUUAAAAAGCCCACAAAUAGAUCGAGUAUCAGUUCAAAUAAAUUGUAUUGUUGAAAUUUAUUUUAACCAACACUCAAUCUAUUUACGUACGUUUUAAUCGGUUAACAUAUUUACGCAUAGUUAAGUAAAAUGUAAAUGUAUUUUAAAUAAAGUCAAUACGGAAAUGGGACGACCGCAGGUUAAAAUGCGUAGGUGUCGGAAUUGAUAGGUUGGUUUUUAGAGCGGCGGAAUCUAUGUAGGUUCCUAUACCAUAUACCUACGUAGGUACUGUAAUGUUAUGCCGGUUUCUACUUUACACUGUUUUGCGAGCGUUAUUUUUGUAUAGGUUUUUUGAACCCGAUGCAAUACCUGAUGAUGAAAAAAUUGUUAUCCAAGAAGUUCAAACUGUUGCCGAUUACUCCGGUGUUCGUGCACCCCAAGAACGCGGCACAUAAACCUGGAUACUACGUCGAUAUCAUCAUGCACACGGACGUCCAGUAAUUAUCUAAUGAACAAUUAAUAGAAUACUUGCCGGGUUGAAUAUCCUCUAGAGUACUUAUAAUAAUUAUACAUACAGAGAGAUUCACUAGACUGGAAACGUUCGUUAUCUUGAAAAGUGUUAAUUCUUUUUCGGAAUUUGCUUUAUAGAACAUUUCAGAAACCAACAGCUCUACAAUUUUCGCAUUCGUGUUAUAUUUCGUCACCUUUGUUUUAGAGGGUAAAACUAUAUGCUAGGUAUUUACUUUUGAUUUCGGGUCGAGGGAAAGUAGUGGAGAAUCGUUUGUGUGCCGGCACGGCGUUUUAAUAAUGUUCCACUAUUCUCCCCCCGCCAGAAUUUAAAAGUGAAAUAUGUUGUCAAUGGGUUGAUGGAAAUCAAAAAUUUCAAUAAAUGAUAAACGUAUAUGAUAAUGUAUUAUUUUAGAAUUUUUCGUUUCUUAAGUUUUCGGAAAAAAAAAAAAAAAUUCCGAAAAAAGUUAACACCUUCCGAGAUAAUGAGUGAAUCACUCUGUGCAAAUGUUGCCAGGUACCUAGUAUACAAUAAUUAUUUUUUCACCCCAUGUAAAAAAACAAAUUUUUUAACAAAACAUUGAAUGCUAUUAUGAACCAUAAAACAUAAUAUAGAUUGAUAUUAAACGCGACUCUUUACGAAAUAACACCCUGUGUAUUAGCGUGUAGGGACGAAUAAACUGUUUUUAUUUUUCAAUCUCUCAGGAAAACCGUGAAGACAUUUUUGGAUUUGAGAGGCUGCAAUUGGGGAUACUCCAACGACAAUUCGCUCAGCAGCAGCCUGACGAUACGGAAGUUGCUCAGGACACACGGCGAAAACCCGUCGUUUUUCGGCAACACGAUAAGUAAUUAUAUUUUCAUCAAUUUUUUUUUGUAUCAAAUGAAACAUCGAGUAUCGUAAACAUGAGUAUCGUAAACAUUGAUAUUCAACUUACAAAACAACAUGAUUUUUUUUUUUUUUUUAAGAGAAACCGUAUUAUUUAUUAUUACUACCGUCAGACGCAAUGCGCACAGACACGAUUUUCAAAAUCAAACUAAACUACGAAUUUUGAUUUAUUUAUUCGAUUCACGGUCAUUGUAUCGACCGCAACCUUACUAGGAGUAUAAUAUGCAUUUUCCCCUCCCCCCGCAAACGUCUUAAGCGUACGUUAAUAUUAAUCAUAUUGUUUUGUCGGAACUCGUUCUCAAUGAAAACAAAUACUAAUCUGCAAGGUAUAUAAAAAAAUAAUAAAUAUCUACUGUAAAAGCGAUAUGUUUUUUUUUUAAUUUCAGAGUUAUUUAUUUAUUUUUAUCGCUUUUUGAUAGAAAGUUUACGCAAGUACUUUAAUCAAAAUAAAAAAAUAGAAAGUACUACAAUGACAAACUACAAUUUAUGAUAAACAUUAUUAUACUUUCAUUAAAUUAUUGUUCGUAUCGAUUAUCUUAUUUCGUUGUAGAGUGUUUCGUGUGUUUGAUAAUUAUUAUUAUUAAUAGUCACAUUAUGCUAUAGCUUAUUGGCCAUGUAAAAUUACCAAUAAAAAUAAUUUUACGUGUCCAAUGUGCUGAAACAUUUAAAUCAUUAUCAUCAGACACUACACACUAAACGAAAGCAACUUUGUCGGAGAAAGGACGUUUUGUUUUGGUUUUAGCGAUAUUUUCAAAGGAAAACAAAUUUGUCGGGUUACGGACUGCAGUCCUUUAAAGAAAAUGUCUAGUUCGGUCCACGGCGAAUUUCAGCACGUCGAUUCGGUGACGGAUUUGUUUCGUCUUCUGGGGGUGAGCGGGUGAGGGAGAUUAUCCCCCCCCCGGUAUAACGUUUCAAAAACCGCCGGAAUAGAACGCGUUAAAAAAAAAAAAAUAACAACAAUAAAUCAAUACACAUUUAAUAAUUAAUUAUCAAUAUCGUAACAACCGAUUUCGACAUAAUAAAACACCGGGCGAUCGAACGGCGUCGUAAUUAACGAUUGAUGACACCGAGAGAGCGAUUAAUGACGGCUAUAUAACAUUGUAAUUACCAUCGACGUGGCCCGCGGACGGGUCGGUCGAACCGCGAAAAACGCGGGCCGGACGGUUGGUUUUUUUUUUUUUUUAUUAUUUGUUUUUUUCGUUGCCUUAUCACGAACCGUCGAUUAUCCCGACAGAAUUACGGGUACACACCGGAUCGGGCCGUGUCAUAAUAUAGAUACACGGCGCGUUAAAUAUGCAUUGUAAAACUGUAGCUGCUUUUUUUUAAUUUUGUUUAUUGCGUAUCAAGUAUCCAGUUUUACUCAAAGGCUAUACGAGACGCUUAAACGCUUCGCUAACAGAAAAAAAAAAAUGCACCAACGAGAGAAAAUCAAGGAUUCUCGGAUAUUUUCCUCCGUUUCCGUUAUUUCUCGCCACUGCUCUAGAUCUCGCGGUCCAUCCGCCGGUUUUUCGGGCUUUAUUCUUUUCGGCUGCCGUUUGAUUGCUGAUCCUAUCGCACGGCGUGUCCCAGCCACCGGGAAUUACUUUCCACGGGGCUUGUUACGGAGCACGCCCUCGUAGUUUUCCUUAAAUCCAGGUGUUCCUUCCGCGUUUACCGGUUUAACCAUCGAACGCUAUAAACCAUUAUCGAAUUAGGAGGUACGCAUAUGGUUGUUUUUAGCUCGCAUAUUUAUGUUAUUCAUUACCGCUUUAUAGACGCGGUUGACUAGGUACUCGAUGUUCCGUUUAUAAUCCGCGAUGUUACCCAGAAUUAUUUAAUAAAACAUGUUCGGGUUUUCACAAAUGCGUGUUUCCGCGAAAAUUGUCAUUGUCGUAUAACUGUUGCAGAGACUGGAAAUCAUUUGUUGUCUGUGAAGAUGGUGCAAGACAAACAGGUGACCGCCGCGGCCGUGGAUUCGACGGCUUUUUACAAUUACAAAAACGUUUUGUACAAAGACUCGGACGACAUAUGCGUGUUGGACAGUAUUGGCCCGCUACCGCCGUAUGCGAUCGUCUGCAACAAAAAACUCGGCGGUAAAAUCACGGAUCCGUUACAAUAUUAUACAGUCAGUGCGAAGUAUCGCGAAAAGUAUCCACCAAAUUAUUGUUUAACGCUUUACACUGAAAUGCGUAUAGGUACCUGUACAUAAUAUUUUGAAUUCAGUCGAAUUCAGUCGAAAAACUUCGGUCGUGGAUUCUUUUGUGCGUAUUUCGCAAAAAUACAAUUGAAAUUAAAUACAAUUCAAAGCAUCGCCAAUGACUUCAUUCACCGGUCCUAAGUGGAUAAAUCACUUAGGAAAUGCACUGUCAAAUUUCACUCUAUUAUCGGGUAUAGUAUAAUAUUGUUAUAUUCGAUAACGAUAUUCGGUCAUCAUGGAAUAGCGGGUAUAAUUAUACCCGAGUCCCGAGCCCCGACUGGAAGACGGAGCUUACGGAGGGGAUAAAAAUGAAAUAUUCGCAGAUCGGUGUAUCCCGCGGCAUAAUUUGACGACCGGGGUCAAUAUUUUUCGAACGUUUUAAUUUGUUGACUUUUUACCGAAACGCACUCGUAAUCGUAGGCGGGAGACCCUCGUUUGAACUACCGGAGUCAUUGGCGAUGCACCGGAAACUAUCGCGUUUUACCGUCGCCUGUAGCGAUUGCGGACCCGGACUGAGUCGUCGGUGUAUACGGUUUUUGUUUUCAGGCGAACUCAAGUCGAGAAUCGUCGACGCCCUGCUCAACAGCACGACGAACCGGGCGUGGGGCAAGAAAUUCGAGAAAUUCGGUCUGAUCAAGUACGCGGAAAACUCGGACGAAGCCUACACCGACCUGGAGUUCAGCGAGACACUGGACAGCGACGGACUGUCCUCGGUGUACUAUUGAACCGGCGCCGGUUUUUUCUUGCCCGGAGUCUCCCGUUCGAGAUUAAAACCCGCAAUAUAUUAUAACAAUACGUUGUUCUUAAGAUUCGUUUUUUUUUUUUUUUUGAUCUAUCGGUUUUUUUCUCGUUCUUUUGAUGUGUACUCACAAGUAUCCAAUUAUCCCUCUAAUAAUAUUAUUACCGACGUACGAAAUUUAUUUGUGUAUGUGUAGCAUACGUACCCGGACACAUAAAUAAUAAACUGCUCAACACGGUACCCUAAAUCUAUACAUGCGUAUUUAUUUUUUUAUUGCGAAAUCGUCGAUAAAAUCUCAAAACGUCAAAAUAUUACGUAUUAUUAUCGGUCUCGCCGCUGCGACAGUACGCGGAGACGUUUCGAAACCGACCGCCGAGCCGUGAUUUUUAAAUUCACCAAAGUAGGUGUAGAUAAUUAAUUAGCGGUGAUUUUCCGGGCGGUAUAUUCACAAUUCGGUGAAUUAGCGUAUACACUACGGCGAAAAUCGCACAAAUACGCUUGUAGUGAGAUCGUAUACGAUAAAAUUAGAAAAAGAAAAAAAAAAAAUCGCUUCUACCCUGUCUCCGGCACGAGAUUUACAAAUUCAGACAUUUGUAUUUUGCGAAAAAAAAUAUAUUUACUAUACGAUAUUUAUCAGUUAUUAAAAUGUAUUGAGUUUGGACCGCGUGACAAAUAAUUAAGAUUGGUUAUUACCGCGCCGUAUAGUUAAUCGUCGAGACCAUGAUUAUUGAGGUGUUUUAUUUUGAUAACAUUUCGGUGUUGCCAUCACUGGCACCGAGUAUAACUUCAGAGUAUUACUAUAGCUACUGAGUAAGUCAGCUACUGUAAAUAUGGUGAAUGUUCUUGUCAACGUUUUGUUUUUAUUGUUAUUAUAACCGUUAAUGGGUACGUGCUACGCGAACAAGUUUCAAAAGGAAAAUUCGAAAUGUUUACUAUUUUUUUUCUUUUUUUUUAAAUCAAUUACUGUUUGAAUACAUUUGAUAAAUAUGUAUAUUUUUAUG